CUCUUGUUCUUCUAUCCUCACCCAGAUACCUACCAUUGUAUAUCUCUUCCGGCUAUGAACGUCAUCAAACUGCAGAGGUCAGUCACUCCUUGCCCGCGCUUCCCGCUGGCUUACCCCUCGCUCGCUGGACAUCCUCGAAAGGGGACCUCCACCACAAACAUACAUGGAUGCGAUAUGAAAUAUCCUCAAUUCGAACAGGGCGAAAUCUUUGGCCUGCAGGAUGCCUUUCGCAAGCUCGAUGUAGACGACAAGGGCUAUCUCGACGAGGCCACCGUCAUCAAGUCGACGCAGCAGUCCGAACACCAGCCUUACGAUGUGGUGCGCCAGGCGCUGAAGGAGGUCGAGCUGGAUAGCUCCAGGAGGGUCGAACUCGACGAUUAUGUUGAUCUCAUUGCCAAACUCCGCCAAUCCUCACCCGCCCAACAGCGUAUGAACACCGGUCCUGUACGCGCGCGAGCUGGCACCGGCCCAGGCAAUGCGCCUCCUGCGCCCGGCCAUGCCCACAAGACAAGCACUGGUGGAGGUGGCCGGAUCCAAGUCCAAGGCUCUUCCGCCAACGUGACACACACCAUCAACGAGGACGAGCGAACCGAGUUUACUCGCCACAUCAAUGCCGUGCUCGCUGGCGACCCUGACAUUGGCGAUCGUCUGCCUUUCCCUACCGAUACUUUUGAGAUGUUCGACGAGUGCAAGGACGGUUUGGUUCUGUGCAAGCUGAUCAAUGAUAGCGUGCCGGAUACUAUUGACGAGCGUGUAUUGAACAAGGUCGGGAAAAAGAUCAAGUCGCUCAAUGCUUUCCACAUGUCGGAGAACAACAACAUCGUAAUUGAAUCUGCUAAAGGUAUCGGGUGCUCCGUGGUGAACAUUGGCAGCGGAGACAUCAUCGAGGUUAGAGAGCAUCUUAUUCUAGGCUUGAUCUGGCAGAUCAUCCGUCGCGGUCUUCUCGGAAAAAUCGAUAUCAAGCUUCAUCCCGAGCUGUACAGACUUUUGGAAGAUGACGAGACAUUGGAGCAAUUCCUUCGCUUGCCUCCGGAGCAGAUUCUCCUGAGAUGGUUCAACUACCACCUCAAGAACGCCAAGUGGAACCGCAAGGUCACCAACUUCUCGACCGACGUCAAGGACGGCGAGAACUACACAGUCCUCCUCAAUCAGCUUAAACCCGAGCAGUGCUCCCGCGCACCCCUACAAACCAGCGAUCUUCACCAGCGAGCUGAGCAAGUUCUUCAAAAUGCCGAUGCUCUCGGGUGCCGUAAAUUCCUAACACCCACAUCUCUCGUAGCUGGGAACCCCAAGUUGAAUCUGGCAUUCGUUGCCAAUCUUUUCAAUACCCACCCAGGUCUCGACCCCAUCACGGAAGAAGAGAAGGCAGACAUCGAGGAUUUCGAUGCAGAGGGCGAACGUGAAGCUCGUGUCUUUACUCUCUGGCUCAACUCUCUGGACGUGCAACCAGUCGUACAGUCUUUCUUCGAAGACUUGAAAGACGGAGGCGUCCUGCUCCAAGCGUACGACAAAGUUAUUCCCGGCAGCGUCAACUGGCGCCACGUGAACAAGCCUCGAGAAGGACAAGAACUGAUGCGCUUCAAGGCGCUCGAAAACACAAACUACGCCGUUGAACUCGGCAAACACAACUCGUUCUCUCUGCCUGGUAUCCAAGGCGCCGACAUCACUGAUGGCCAGCGAACGCUUACCUUGGGCCUCGUGUGGCAACUGAUGCGCAGAGAUAUCGUCAGCACGCUCAAGGGCCUGGCGCAACGGCUCGGCAAGCGCGAGAUCUCGGACCCAGACAUGAUCCGGUGGGCCAACGAUAUGGCGAAGCGGGGCACCGGCCAGGGCACGCAGAUCCGCUCGUUCAAGGACUCAUCACUCGCCAACGCCAUCUUCCUACUCGAUGUGCUCUCGGGCAUGAAGAGCUCGUACGUCGACUACGAUCUCGUCGCCCCCGGCCGCAACGACGACGAGUGCUACCAGAACGCUAAGCUCGCCAUUUCCAUUGCUAGAAAGAUGGGCGCUACGAUCUGGCUGGUUCCCGAGGACAUUGUGGCUGUGCAGUCGAGGUUGAUUACGACGUUUAUCGGAAGUUUGAUGGCUACGCAGGAGAGACUUGGUGGUAACUAG